AUGCCAUAUUUAUCUACAAUUCGAGAAGCGACAAAUUUUAAUGUAGAUGGUCAAUUACCAAAAGUUGAUACUUAUGCCGAUGCCCUACUUCGUACAUUAUACUCUUUUAAACCACCUUCAUCAUCAAUGUCAUUAUAUGCUUUUCGACAGCAUCCUCGUCCGUAUCCUCAAUCAACAAUGGUGUCACAAUCGAUCGUAAAUGAAUUAGUGAACGGCUCUUCAGAUAAUCAACAAACAUUAGCUGAUCCUUCUUCGUUAUCCUCUUCGUCAUCAUCAUUAUUCAGUUCACCAUCAUCAUCGUCUUCAUUAAAUAAUACGAGUGCAAAUUAUUUUACACUCGAAGCACAUUUACCAUUAGUUAAAACUAAAGUUGAACAAUUAGAAAAAUUUAAACGAUUACUUUCUCGCUUGGAUAACGUUUAUAAUUCUAAUACAAAUAAUAACAAUAAUAAUAAUAAUCAAAAUAUGUCAACAUCAGCUUUACCACCACCAUCACAUAUUCCUGAUCGUUAUCUAUUCCGUGCAUCUUCAAAUGAUCAUCGAAUAUCAAGAAAAUCAUCAUCAACAACAAGAAAAAAUAAAUUAAAUAAUAAUCCAACAUCAUCAUCAUCAUCAACACCACCAUCAGCAAGAAAACGUUAUAAAUUUUCACCGGCUACAACUGAUCAAAAUAAUAAUAAUGUUUAUAAAUUUCCUAAUGGACAAACAGAAGCACGAUCGCAUUCAACAGAUUCUGAUCGAUAUUAUUUUCCUUCAACAGAUUCAACUAAACAACCACAACAAACAUUAACAUAUAUUCAUUCUGGUAGUGGAUUAGAACCACAUACAAUUACUUUUAUUAAUGGAACAUCAUCAACGACUGAUAAAACUUCAUUGCCAACAACAAAGUCAAUACAACCAACGGCUAUCAUACCUGAUACACCUUAUCUGUUUUCAAAGACGACAGAAUCUCACCCGCACUCAACUUUAACAUCAUUAGCUAACCCAGAAGAUGCAUGGAUACAAGAACGUCAACAACCACAAAUUGUUUUUGAUAGCAUAAAUGAUUUAUCACCAAGUUCACAAUUAAAACGUCCACGUACAUCAAGUACCAGUCCUGAACAUCGACAAACAACAAAACGUUCACCAACACGUAUAGAUACAAUAACAUCAACAAAUGGUUCAUUAUCAACAUUAAGACGAUCACCACCAAAUAAAGUUCAAAAUGUUCGUUUUGAUCCAUCAUCAACACAACGUUCAUAUUUAGAUGAAGCACGUGAACGUCUAGCUGGUAAAAAACGUGGACGUUCACCACAAGCAUUUCAACAAUCGGUUGAUCGUCUUGUUUCAUCAACAAAUCAAAAAUAUCUUCAACAACAACAAAUUCUUUCACCACCAAUACCAUUUCAACCACAACAUGAUUAUGUUAGUCAAUAUUAUGCACAAGAAGAACCACCUAUUGAUUAUCCAAUGGAUAGUGAUGAUGAUGAACAACAAAAACGUCCAUUUAUAUAUAAUCGUGGUUUAAAUACAAAUCGUACCCAUACACAAAUUAUGAAAAAUGUUAAUAAAAGUCUAAUUGAUGGUAAUUAUUUAGCUGAUAUUAAUCGUAUUAAACAAUUAGAUCAAAAUUUUCAUCGAUAUUUACGUUCGCUUGAAAAUCAAUCAUUACAACGUGAAUUAAAUUAUGAUUUAAUACGUUGUUUUUCAUCAACAUAUUUAGAUGAUUUAAGACGAGAAGAAAAUCGAAAUUUUCAAACACGUAUUAAUAUGCGUUCAUAUACAUAUGAAGAUAUACAAGAUAUACAUAUGUCACCAACAUUAGAAGCAUAUAAAAUGAAACGAGCUAUUGAUAGAGAAAGACGUCUUCGAUUAAGUACAAGUUUUGAUGGACAAAUAACAUCAUCAACACCAACAUCAUCAAUUGGUGCUGGACUUUUAUCACCAUUACUCUCAUCAUAUAGUCCAAUUAUGACUGGAAGUUUAAAUGAAAAUAUAGAUGCACAAUCAGGUGGUUUUGAAACUGAUCGUCGAUCACAAAAAUCACAUACUUCAACUGCACAAACUCCAACACCUCUUCGUCCAACUCAUGUUACACCUGGUCCAAAUGUUGAUUUAUUUUAUGAAAUCAUGCAAGAUCGUUUUCGUGGUGUUGAUGCAUCUAUUGCUGGUCAAGUAUCAAAUGCAUCACAAUAUACAAAACAAAAAAUACAUCAUCAACCAACAACAACAUCACAAAUGAAAGUUGUUGAUAAUGAUAGUGAUGUUGAUAUUAGAUCAAAUUCAUCGUUUUGGUCCGAUGAAGAAGAAGAACAAAUUAUAGAUGAUAAUCAACGAAAAACAAUACCUAAUCAAAAACAAUUAUCACGUUAUUUAUCAACAGUUAAUCGUUCAUUACUUGAUCGUCCAAGUCAUCUUAUUGCUGAUUUUUACAUAUCACAAUUAAAUCGUAGUAUGCAAGAAAGUGUACGACAUGUUGAAACAAUUGCACGUGAUAAAGCACUUAUGAGACAAGAUCGUAAUAGAGAAUUUAUUGAUGAAACAACCAGUAAAUUAGGUCGUAGUUUAUCUGCUGAACAUUUAUAUCAAGUACGAAAAGAACAUUUACGUUAUAAACAACCAUUUACAACACCAACAUCAUUUACAGUUGAAGAUGUUGCUGAUAUUUAUAAACCAUUUGUUUUGGAAAAUUAUAAACGAAAAAUUGCUAUUGAAGUUGAAAGACGUCGAAGAGAAAGACAAGGACAAUUGUUGGCUGGUAUUGGUAGUUCACCGAUGUACACAUCCGACACAAAUUUUAUUAGUGCAGUCAAAUCUACUCAACCACCGAUAAUUGAAAUUCAUAAAACUCCAGUAGUUGAUCGUCAACACCGUCCAUCAAAUUUAACUUCUACUAGUAUUCUUCGUACAAAUGAACCAGGUAUUCAAUCAAUUCGUGAUGAUCCACGUAAUGAAUUAAUUAUCGUUCGACCACCAGUUGUAAAAACAGAAAAAAUUCACACGAGUCGUGCACGUCGAACAUUAACCGAUGAUGGUAGUGCUGAUGUUGUUCAUCAUGUUGGCAUUAUUGCUCCACCACCAUCUUACGCAGCUGUUAAGCAACAUUUAACACAAAAACCAACAACUAUAACAACAAAGACAGCAGAACAAUAUGAAAUUCCUCAUGCAUCAACUGUUCCUCCUCCAGAUUUUGGUGAUCGUACUCGUGUUUAUAUUCGAAAAGAUCGAGCUCACAGUAAUAUUGUUGAACCACAGUCAGAUGAUCUUGUUGAACGUGCAUUAACUACUUCACAACAAAUACUUUUCAAAGAUGCUGAUAUUGAACCAGAACUACAAAGAGCAGCUCAGGUCAUUACAUCAACAGAAACUACAAUAAUAUCACCUCGUCGUUCUCCAGCUAAAAUUUAUACUCCAUCGUUAAAUAUUGAAAAAGUUCCAGUAUUUCAUGCUGAUCGUGUUGAAAGUGCAUCAGGCAAUCAUGAUUUAUCGAUGGUUAAUAUUAAACAUGUAUUAACAUUAAAUCAAGGUGAAAUAAAUGAAUUAAAUUUAUUAGCACAACAAGCACAACGUCUUCAAAUACCUCCGCAUGAUUAUGAUCAUGCUAUGGUUAUUCUUACACCUGAACAAACUCAGCAUCAGCAUAAUAUUGGUCCUCAACCACUUUUAUUAGCUGCUGCUAAUAUAGGUCAAUUAGUUGAUGAACAAAAUGAACAAGCAACACGUCGUAUUGAGGACGAAAUACAACGUCAACGUACACAAUUAAUAACUCCUAUUGCUGAACAUAUGGCAAGAGUUGAACAAGAUAUAUCAGUAUUUGAAAAUAUAUCAACAGCAAAUAUUCAUCAAUAUUCUCGAAAUAAAUUAAAUGAAAUGCCAGUUGAUAGUGGUAUUGUUUCAUUAAAUACAUCACAAGCAAGUGAACAACCGUUGAUAUUAAAUGCAUCACGUAUGAAUCGAUUAGAACAAUCUGAUGAAGAGCGUUUAGAAAAUUUACGUGAAGAUGAUUAUUAUCAACGACGUAUACGUGCAUUAGAUUUGUUACGUCAAGUUGAAAUUGAUCCUAAUUCAAAUAUUCGACCUGUUCGUGAAGAUCAACUUAAUAUAUUUGAAAAUAUAACAAAUAUUCCAUUAUCAACAUUUACAACUGAACAAACAAAACUUAUUGAUAAUAAACAAAUUGAUCAAAUUCAAACAUUACAACGUACAGAUGAACCAGUUAUUUAUGAAACAUUAGAUCAACAUUUACUUGAUAGAACGCCUAAUGUAGAAUAUUUAACUAGUUCACAUAUUGAACAAGAUAAUCAAUUAAGUAAUCGAUCAAAAGAAAAUCCAAUAAAUUGGGGAAAAAUAAUUCCUAUUAAACAACAUCGAUCAAGAGAAAAUCGAUUAUCGGAUAUUGAAUAUGAACAAAUAAGACCUUUACUUCAAACUCAACUUGAUCAAAGAGAAAAUCUUCAACCUACACAAGAACCUACUCAACAUUUAGAAACACUUAAACAUUCGAAAAAAAAUAUUAUCUACAAUUAUGGUGAAAUAUAUGACGUUCCAUUAUCUCGAACAUCAUCAUUUGGUUCUGAUAAAGAUUUAAAACUACAAUCGCAUGAUUCAGUUACAGUUAAAUAUGAUUAUCAGGAUAUUGCACCUCUUGACGACAUAACACAACCAUUAUAUCAUCAUCCACCAGUACAAACACAUCAUGUUCAAGAACAUAUGCCUGUGGAUAUUGAUGAAGAACCAAUGGCUGUACAAGUCGAAACAUCAUGGGUAACUGAUGUUUCACAUGGACGUGCAUCAUUUACUGAAUCGAUUCAAAAAUUGAAUGCUCCUAAAACGCUUACUGAGCCAAGUCUCCAAGCUUUGCUGCUCGAAGAGCUGGCUACUGCUACUACUGCUCUAGACGAACAGCAUGCUACACAAAUAAUUCAAAGUGAUUAUCAUCAAAAGCUCUUUGAAAAAAUCGAAGAAAAUAAUCGUAUACCAAUUAUUGUUUAUGAUACCGAUUGGAAAGAUGAAAAACUAAAACCUAUUACAAAUACCAUUCAAUCUAAUAUACAAAAUGCACAAGAACAAUAUCCAUCAACAAUAAAAUAUGAACAAGCUAAAAUAACUAAACCAAAAUCAAUUCUAUCACGUGAACGUUAUGAACAUAUUGAAAAUAAUAAUCAAGAAAUAACACAACAAAUUGAAACAAAAUCUAUUCAACGUGAUCGUUCUAUUGAACGACUUGAAUCAAAUAAUAAAUUUGAAUAUUCAAAAAAAACUAAUCAAGAAAUUUUAUGUCAUCCUAUUGAUAAUCAUCUAGAUAUAAAUGAUGAACAAAUAUCAUCAUUAUCAGAUGAUUCACUUAUUAUUCAACAUCAACAAAAAUCAAAUAUAAAUAUUAAUGAACCAAUUAUAUUAGAAAAACCUCUUCGUUCGACAUCUUUUCUAACUCUAAAUUACGCACAUCAUAAUCAAGAAUUAAAUCUACCAUGGCAACGAGUUUUUGAUCAACAGAUUUCUGAUCAAUAUCAACAUUUACAACAACAAUUACAAACUCAAACUGAACAACCAUCACAAUUAUCUGAUGGUUCACAUCUUAAACAACAUCAACCAGAAGCAAUACUUGCAGAAAUAUCUCCUCCUUCUAUUCCUCUAAAUUAUGCUCAGCAUAAUCAAGAAUCAAAUCCAUCAUGGCAACAAGUUUCAGAUCGAAAUUUUGACGAUCCAUAUAAACAUUUACAACAACAUUUACAAAUUCAAACUGAACAACCAUCACAAAUGUCUGAUGGUUCACUUCUUAUACAACAUCAACCAGAAUCUAUAACACCUGAAAUUCCUCUUCGUUCUACCGCUUUUUUAACUCUAAAUUAUGCGCAUCCUAAUCAAGAACAAGGUUCCCCAUGGGAACAAGUUUUUGAUCAACAAUUUUCUAAUCAAUAUCAACAUUUACAACAACAUAGUCAAUAUCAAUCUGAUCAACCAUCACCACGAUAUUUACCAUUAAUAACACCUGCAGCUAAUGAAGAUAUAAUAAAAGCAUCCGAUAAUUAUGCUAGUGAAUUUCAUCAAGUACCUUUAUUACAUGAAAAUAUUCGUACAAAAAGUUGCGAAAAAAUUUCUCUUUUACCUUCAACACAAAUAAAUCAAUCAAGACCAAUCUAUCGUGUACGACAACAACAAAUAUCAUCAAAUGAUGAAUAUGAUUAUUCAACAAUAUCAGCAAUUCAUUCAAAUCGUAUUGAUCGAAUAGAAGCAACUUCACAUGAACCAAUACAUCUUGAAAAACGACCAGUUAUAGUUGAUAUUGAAGUUCGUGUACGACCAACAUAUUCAGAAACAUCAUCAAUAGUGGAUAUGGAAUCAUUUCUAAAUCGUUUUGAAGAAAGUCUUGAACCCGAACAACAUUUACCAUUAAUUGAUCAAGUUUCUCUAUCAUAUACAACAUCAAUACGAUCAAAUCAAGAUGGUACACAACGUGCUAUCGAACGAUACGAACAAAAACAUCCAUUUUUUAGUCGUUCAUUACCUAUUGAAUGGUUACAACCAACAAUACUACCACAUGAUGAACAACUAGUUGAACAAUGGAUUGUAGAAAAAAAUCUUGAAACUAUACAACAACAGGUAGAGUUGAAAACUAAUACUGAGUGUUCGGGUUUUGUUGUUGCUGCUGCUGCUGCUGUUGCUAUUGCUAAUGAUGCUUAUUCUAUUGAUGAGAGGUUCGAAGAUGAGAUAUCAAAUAGUUUAAAUACAAAAAAUAUCAAUAAUAUACAAGAAAAUAAUCCUGUAGCUGCAGCUAUGAUUGUUAGUCAUUGUUCACCAACAAGUGACUAUGAAACGGAUUCACUUGAUAAAGAUAAUGAUACAACUUCGACAACGACUAGUGUCGGUGCUGGUCAUAUAUUUACAGCUACACCAAUAGUAACAACUUUACCAUCACAAUCAUCAAAUAUAAUACCUAACAUACCUGUUGAUUAUCUACUUGAUACAUUAGUAAAUGAAAAAAAAACUAAAAAUAAUCUUACUAAAGAUUUUUUAUUAACUAUUGGUUUUAAUCAACAUGAAGAUAAUCAUAUUCAUCAUGCAAAAGAAAAUGAACUUGAACAAGACACUAAUAAUAAUAUUUUACUAUAUAAUUUCAAUGAAUAUCAACAAGAAUUUUUAAAUAUUUUUUUUGAACCCGAACAUUUUCAUUUACCUAUAAUUAAUGAAACUUCAAUCUAUCAAAUAAGUUUUCAUAAUCAAUAUCAAAAUUUUUUACCAUCAAAUUUUUUAUUACCAACUAUUCAUUAUGAUGAUAAUAUAUCAUCAAAUGAAUAUAAAAUAACUAAUCCACAAAAAAUUUUUUCAAUUGCACAAAUAAAUCAUCAAUACGAUUAUGAAGAAGAUCUUAAAAGUAUAUCAUAUAAAUGUGAACAACCAUCGUAUAUCGAACAUUAUCAUAUUCAAUCAUUAAAUCCAUUUUCUGAAACACUUUAUAUUAAUAUUUCUGAACCACCAAUGACCAUUGAAAAUGAAGAUGAUUAUUCUACAUCGAGUAUUUUACCUGAUGUUAUUCCAUCAUCAACAACAACAACAGAACAAAAUGAGGAAUAUAUUGAACAUGAAUCAAAAGAAGUAAAAAUUUUACCAACAAGUCCAUCAAUUGAACCAACACCAUUACAUCCAUCAUUCAAUUCAUCUGAUAGAGCUCGACAAACUACACAAACUGAUGAUUUAGAACACUUACCUGAACAGAAAUAUAUCACAAUACAUACAGCCACGCCUACACCAUCUAUGCGUAUAGUUCGUCCAUCACGUCCCGGUCCGUUUAUUGAACAACCAAUAAUGACCGAAACUACUGAGUUUCAAACUGAUCAACCAACUAGAAUUCCUUAUACAACUGAAACAGAUAAACUUCAUUAUGCCGCAACAGCAUUACGAGAUCAAUCUGAUCAUUUACCACCAAAACAUUUAUCUGAUGAACAUGUACCUGAUUUUGAACGUGCACGUUUAGUACCAAGUUCAACUGUACCAUUACAUGAUCUUAAUAAAACUGAAGUUCUUAUACGUGAUACUAUUGUACAACAUGUAAGUGAAGAUGAAAAAUCCACGUCAAGUGAAGAAGUUGUUUUUGAAGAAUGGAGUGAAGAAUUUCGUUGUCGUCGUACAGAUGAAUAUGAUAAAAAUACAAAUACAUUAUUACGUUCAAUUUAUGAUCAAACAGGUGAACGUAUUAAAAGUGAUGUUAUUAAAGAAGAAUAUAAAGAAAAAAAUGAACGUAUUAAAGGACAUAAAAGUUAUGAUGUUAUUAAAGAAGUUUAUCGUCGUGUACCAGCUCAUACAAUUGAUCCAACAAGAACACAAAUUGUUUCUAUUGAACGUCCACAAAGUCCUGUUUAUGAAGAAAUACCACCAACUUUAAUUUCAACGCUACCACCACCAUCAAUAUCAUCUGGUCGUCAAAUAAUUACCGAAAUUACACCACGAGAUCGUCAUUGGUCUUCGGAAGAUAUCUAUACAACAGAAAUAGUUUAUGAUUCAAAAAUUGCUCGUGAUAUUGAAUCUGUAGCAAAUGCUGAACGUUCCAAUACAAAAUUUGAUUCAACAACUCCACCAUCAUCAACAACUUAUGAUCGUGUACGUCCUGGUCAAUAUGUACCAAUAUCAUCAACAAAUCAAACAAUAAUAUCAAGGGUACCAUCAUCAACUUAUGAUCAUAUAUCAAAUGUAAUAACACCAUCAACACAUAUAUCUGAUCGUCGACAACAACAGCAACAACAAGAAACAGUUAGUGAGGAAUAUCAUGUUGAAGUUGAACAACAACAUUCCGAUCGUCGUUCACCAUCAAGUCAAUAUCAAACAUCAAUUAUUGGUACCCAACAACAACGACAUGUUUCAUCCGAAGAUGAUAUGUCAGAUCCAUAUGUUACAACCGGUGAUCGUACAUAUCAUGGUUUAACAACAAUAGUUAAUGAAGCUGGACAAAAACGAGAUUCAAAUUGGAGAAAUAAACUUAAACAAAUUUAUACACCAACAUCAGAUGAUGAUCAAUUUGAUCAGUUUGGAAAGUCAAUAAAUGGUAAUUAUACAGCACAACGAGUAACUAUUACACCAACAAAUAUUCAACAACAAAUUAAAGAUACUCCAAUAAAUCUAUCUGGAUAUGAUAAAACAUCAUUUGAACGAAACAAAUUAAAAACAUCUCCCCCAUCACGACAUGCUAUCAAAGAGAUUCUUGUUUGUGUAUCUCGAGGACCAUCACCAGAUAAACAGUUACAUCAACGAAUUUAUCAUCUUCAUUCAUCAUCGGAUGAAGAUGAACAGGAAAAUAAAAGAAUGGUACUAGUUGAUUCUCUUCGAUCACGUGAAACAACUAAGAAAAUAACUUCAACAUCACGUACAGAUGAUGAUCGUCCACAACCAGCAAAACGAUCAUCAUCAUCAUCAUCAAUUAUUGAUCAACGUCGAUCAAGAUUUGAACAACAACAACAACCAUUUGAUAGUACAAAUGAUUCAAGUAUAAAUCGAAUUGAUCGAUCAACAUAUAGUCGUGUUGGAGAAUUAAGAAAUACAUUUGAAUCACCAACAAAUGGAAAUAUAAAAGAUGAUUUAUCAAAAUCUAAAAUGCCAAUAUCAACAACUAAUAGUUUAACUGAACGACGACGAAUAUUUGAAGAACCAGAUCAAAUUAAUAAAGGAUGGACAUCAACAACUCGUCGACCGAUUGAUGAUUUUGAUCAAAAUGAACGUCGUAUAAGUGAAACACAUACUGCUCCAUCACGUGUUACAGAACAUAUAUCACGUAUUCAAAGUACUGAAUCAAAAUCAACAUCUCGUAUACAACCAACAGAUCGUCUUGGUACUACAGGAUUUGAUGCAAUUAAAUCAUCAUUAGAAUCAUCAAUGACAAAAACAACUGAACAAUUACCAACUAUACAAACAUCAACAGAUUUAACAAUAAAAGAUAAACGAAUAAUAUCAUCAAUUGAUUCAGAUGUAAGUGGUUCAUCGCCACCUAUCUAUCAAAGUACACCAAAAUCAACAAAACAAAAAAUUGAUGAAGAUGCUGGUCAUGAAAGUGAAGAUGAAUUAAGUGAUCCAACAAAUAAACAAGAACAACAAUAUGAUAUACGACGACGUACACCUAAAACACGUUUAAGAGAUUUUUCACAAAGUACAACACAACCAUUAGAAGAUACAACAUAUAUUAGUCAACGAAAUAAAUCAUCAUUUAAUGAAUCAAAUAUGGAAAAUAUUCUUUCACAUGUACCAACAAGCAAAGGUAAAGGUCUUUUAAUCGAGCUUUCUCCACAUCUAUCACAUGAAAUUCCAAUAACAAGUACAACAACAAAACCAAUACGCGAACCACAUAAAUCAAUAAUGGGUUCCGAUUCAGGUAUAUUUGAAUAUUCAACAGCUACAAGUCAACGUUUACCAACAAGUUCAUCAUCAUGGCAUAAUAAUGCAUCAUCAUCAAUAAUUGAUGAUGUUAAUCGUACACCAACAACACGUGAUAGUGGUAUUUAUGGUGAUUCUGUAUCAGCAACAAUAAGUUCACGUUAUGGUCGACGACAAGCUUCUGAUACAGAUCAAACAACAAUUCAUGGUGGUGAUGAUUCUGUUUCACGAUCAACAUAUAAAUAUGAUACAGAAAUUAUUCCUACUGAUCAAUUUAAUCAACAAAAACAACAAACACGUAAUAUUCGACGUCAAGUAACAAGUACACCACCAUCAGAAUAUGAAAAUUUAGCUAAUUAUCAUAGUGGAUUAAGUUCACAACGAAAAGUUCCAAUAACAACACAAUCACGUACAAUUAUGACAAAACCAUUAGUUGUUGAUGAAAUUGAAACAAUUGAAACAGAAACACGUGUUGAAUGUCAAGUACAACGUACACAUGAAAUUAAAGAAUCAACAACUAAAACUGAACAAACAGGUAGUUCAAAUGCACCAAAAAAAAUUAUAACAACAACAACAACUACAACAACAACAACGGCUGCUCCUAUAGUACGUUCACCUGAAUGUUCAUCUGAUGAAGCAUCACGUACAAUAACACCAUCAAAACGAGUUUUAGUAAAUGACCGUACACAUUAUUAUGAUUCAACAAAAUCUAAUGCUUCACGACCUGAAUCAAUCUAUACACCAACAAAUGAAAUUCGUCAACAAACACAAACAUAUCGUGAAAGUGGCUUUCAUCAACAUCGUUAUGAUUCACCACAAUCCGAUAGUUUAUCAUAUCCAAUACCACCGCCACCAAUAACAACAAAAACAACAACAAGAAUACAAGAAGAAGAACCCGUACGUAUUGAAGAAACAUGGUUUAAACCAAUACAACGUGAUCGUUCACAAGAUAGUUUACUACAAGGUUCAUCAUCACGUUCAAAUAUUCGUACAUUAAGUUCUGGUCCACCACGUACUAUGGAAAUAACAUCAUUAAGUCCACAAAGUCAAGUUACAUUUGGUAAAUAUACACCAAAUGAAAUCAUUGCUAUUGUUCGUGUACCUGAAUUAUCUAAUGGUGUUGGCAUGAAAUCAAGUCCUACAACAAUAAAACAUGGUAUAAGUGAACCUGAACUUAAUGCACGAAUAAAACGUGAAGAAGAACAACAACGUUCUAAAUUACAUUAUGAACGUAUUGAUUCAACAAGUUAUCGUCCAUCAACAAUAAAUCAAGAUUAUCAACAAAGACAAAGUCGAUCACGAAUAAGUCCAUACGAUAGUACAAAUGAAUAUUCGUCUUCAUUAGGUCCUCAUGCACGUUCAUCAUCAUAUCAUUCAGUUUUACACGAACAAGAUCGACAACAGCAACAAGAACAAGAUCAAUAUUCUUCUUCUCCUUAUUCUAAAUCAGCAUAUCGUCAACAAAUAAAACGUCGUACAGGUAGUCUUGGUAAUCUGCUCGGUUCAAAUAUAGAAUUUGAAAUUGAAAUUGAAAAACGUCCACCACAAUUACCUGAACAACCAACUGUUGUUGCACUUGAUCAAUCAUCACGAGCCAUUGUAACAACAUCAAAAGAUGGUCGAGUUUCAAUUCAAAAUGUAGCUGCACGACCAGGAAAUACAGUUGUUAUUAAUAGUGAUUUUCAUUCAUCGGAUCGUUCAUUAAAUCGUUCAUCAGGAUAUUUUAGUGCUGAUGAAUUACGUUCACAAGGUCUUAAUACAAAUUAUUCAAGUGAUGAACAAUCAAGUGGUGCUACAGGUAUGAAUAUAAAUCAAAAUUCUCAAUCAUCAAAUACACCAUCAACACACACAAGACGUUAUAAAAAUAAUGAACAAGUUACAUCCAAACUUCCAUCACAUUAUCGUACAAGACAACAGAAUAAUUAUCAACAAUUAAAUAAUGAUAGUUUUGAUAAAGUUAAUCAAAUUGUUCAUCGUUAUUAUCGACAAUCGACAAAUGUAAAUCCAAAUAAUAAUAGAGCUGGUUUUAACGAUACUAUUAAUCAAAUUGAUGCACUUUAUAAUAAUCUUGAUGUUCGUACAAAUGACAAUUAUAUUCAUGAUAAUAAGAAUUCGGCAACACCAUAUGAUUUUUCAAAAUCAACACCAAAUCGUCGUCAAAACUUAUCACAAAAUGCAAAUGAAUAUUCCAUGUGUUAUACAUCAAUGGGCUUUCCACAUACAUCAAAUCAUGACAGUACAACAACAAAUUCAAAUUUACGUCAUCUUGUAUCUCCACCAAUGAUAUCAAAUAAUGAUAAACGACAUGAUGAUACAAAUCGUGCAUACAGUGAUAAUGAAAAUUUAAAUAAUAACAAUGAACGUAAUCGUAAUUGGGGUUCAACAUCAUUGAAUGAUCUUGUUAUGACAACACCAAUUCGUCCAUCACAAUCAUUAUCAUCAUCAGGUAUAUUAGCCGAUUAUGCAACACCAGGUUCAAUAAGUCCAAAUUCAGGUUUUGGUUCAACACAAAAUGUUGUUUUACAACAAAGUCGUUUAAAUUCACAAGCACAGGUUGUUCAACGUAAUCGAACAUCCGUUAAACAAGUUAAACAAAAAAGUGCUGCAAAGAAAAAAAUUGGAAAUAUUCAGGGGCAAUAUAGUGAUGAAGAAGAUGAUAAUGAUUCAGCUGGUGGUCAUGAUUCACCACUGUCGGAUAAUGGCCGUCCACAACCACCAACGCGAUUUUCAACUCGUUAUCAAUAA